GAGCAAGCCGCUUCGGGAGUUCUGUUGGAAGGGGAGGAUUGCGGGCCCAGUCCGGAGUGUGAGGAGGGAGGGGGACGCGGAGAGAGAGAGGUGGUGGCGGAGGAGGGGGUGUUCGGGAAAGGUCUACUCUGCUGAACCCGGCUACUCUGGCUGGGGAAAAAAGAGCGGCGGAAAAAGUUCAGUAACUCAGAUCGAAGAUUGAGAUUUGGCUGAUGAAAUGGCUAAAUAUAAACCACUGUCAUAUGUGUGGAUAAUAAGAAAUCCUCAGAAGUGCUGAAGAUGCUAGAGCAGAAAUGUACAGUCGUCAUGUUUUGCUGAUAUUCCAGAAAUGGCUGAACAUAACUCGGAGAUAAUAGAUCUGCAUUUGAUGACCAGCUAGUGAAUUAACAGCCAGAAUGUUGCGUUGUUUGACCUGAGACAAUGGGUGUCAAUGCAUCUAACUACCCUCACUCUUUCUCCCAGAGGGUAGGAGGAAAUUCACAGGCUCAACAAACAUUUAUAGGAACAUCCUCCUAUUUACAUCAAGGAUAUGGAUGCGAAUCAAAAUUAUAUAGCCUUGAACACAGCCAUGAGAAACCACAAGACAAAAAGAAAAAGAGUUCUGGUCUGGCAACUCUGAAAAAGAGAUUUAUAAAAAGACGUAAAUCUAAUCGGUCUGCUGAUCAUGCUAAACAGAUGCGUGAGCUCCUUUCUGGAUGGGAUGUAAGGGAUGUAAAUGCAUUAGUGGAAGAAUAUGAAGGCACUGCAGCUUUGAAAGAACUUGCAUUGCAGGGUAAUUUGGCACGACCGGAUGCACGGACUUUGCAAAGAGAUUUGGCGGACCUUUAUGAAUACAAGUACUGCACUGACGUUGAUUUAAUAUUCCAAGACACUUGCUUUCCUGUACAUCGAGCUAUUCUGGCAGCAAGAUGUCCCUUUUUUAAGACUUUGCUUUCAUCCUCACCCGAAUAUGGUGCUGAGAUUAUGAUGGACAUAAACACAGCUGGCAUAGACUUGCCUAUGUUUUCAGCAUUAUUACAUUAUCUAUACACCGGAGAGUUUGGGAUAGAGGACUCCAGGUUCCAAAAUGUAGAAAUUCUGGUACAACUUACUGAAGAAUUUGGAACCCCAAAUUCACUGGAUGUUGAUAUGCGAGAACUUUUUGACAGUAUGUGCUACUAUGAUGCUGUUCUGAACUUCUCCUCUGAUUCUGAAUUAGUGGAACCAUUUGGAGCAACAUCACAUUGUUUAGAUGAAGAACUCUGUGGGCAUAAGGCUGUCCUAUCUGCACGUUCUCCAUUUUUUAGAAAUCUUCUCCAAAGACGAAUAAGGACUGGUGAAGAAAUUACAGAUAGAACUCUGCAGACUCCAACUAGAAUCGUGCUAGAUGAGUCCAUCAUUCCAAAGAAAUAUGCAAAAGUAAUUUUACACUGUAUGUACACUGAUCUUGUAGAUUUGUCUCUGGUACUACAUUAUAAUCCAUCUGUAGGGAGCCUGAGUGAAGUUCAAGCGAUGGUUGCAGGAAAAGGUAGCAUGUCAAGAGCUGAAGAAGCAAUGGAACUUUACCACAUAGCACUUUUUCUUGAAUUCAACAUGCUUGCUCAAGGUUGUGAAGAUAUUGUGAUGGAGAGCAUCUCCUUGGACACCUUGAUUUCUAUUCUGAAAUGGAGUUCACAGCCUUAUGGUUCUAAAUGGGUUUAUCGCCAGGCACUUAACUUCCUAUGUGAGGAAUUCACUUCUGUCAUGGUCUCAGAUGUGUUCUUUGAACUCAGCAAGGACCAUUUGCCUUCUGUCCUUCAGUCAGACUAUUUGCAGGCUAGUGAACAAGACAUCCUAAAAUACAUAAGUAAAUGGGGAGAGCACCAACUCAUGAAACAAAUGGCAGAAAGAGAGCCAAACCUGCUGAGUGGAACUGCACACAGUGUAAACAAGAGGGGUGUAAAGCGACGUGAUCUUGACCCAGAGGAACUGAAAGAGAUCUUGUCCCCACUGCUGUCUCAUAUUCGCAUAGAUCAUAUUCUGCCCCAGAACAGCGAAGUUCUUAAUGAUGCUAUAAAGAGAGGACUGAUUAGCACGCCACCAUCAGAUAUGCUGCCAACAGCAGAAAGUGGAAAAUCUCAUGCUUGGAUACGUCAGAAGAAUGCUGGGAUAUAUGUGAAACCUCGUUUAUUUGCACCAUAUGUGGAGGAGGCAAAGGCUGUUUUGGAUGAAAUGAUGGUAGAGCAGACUGACCUUGUGCGACUGCGCAUGGUUCGCAUGUCGAAUGUACCAGACACCCUGUACAUGGUGAACAGUGCAGUACCACAGUGUUGUCAUUUAAUCAGUCACCAGCCGAUAGGUACACCAUCCAAUCCUCCUACGAUCAUUGCCAAUGAAAUACCCGUCCCUCCAUUGAAUAUGGUAAAAGAUAUGAUCAGACGUCUACAGGAACUUAGACACACUGAUCAGGUCCAGCGUGCAUAUGCAUUGAAUUGUGGAGAAGGAGCAACUGUUAGCUACGAAAUUCAGAUUCGUGUGUUGAGGGAAUUUAACCUCCCCGAUGCUGCUGUUGAGCUGCUUCAGAAUCCUCAUAAAUUCUUUCCUCAUGAACGAUUUGGUGAUGAGAGUCCACUGCUGGGUCUUCGGCAGCACAACCAUUGUAGAAUAAACAGCUCAUCAGCUGCAGAAUAUGGUGAUAUUGAACCCUGUGCAGCAUUCCAUCCAACGUUACCACCACCACCAUAUCACCCUCCUGCUCCCCCAGUUCAUGAAAAGCACAAAGUAGACUGGAGGCAGAGACUGCCAGGCCAAUUGUCAUCUCGCUCCUUGUCAUACCCUUGUAACCGUUCUCUGCUAUACCCUAUGCUAGCUUCAAGGCCUGUUUAUCCAUCUGGUGGUAAAGGAAUGCCUCCUGAUUGCACCAAUUCUGGAUUGGUUCGGAUAGCACCAGAGCCAACGAAUACUGAAGGUACCUUAAAUGAACUAAUGCCAGACAUUGCAAUGGGAGUGACAUCCUUAAGCAAUCUAUCACUGAAGGAUAGAAGGUUUCCAGAACUGAGUCUGAAUGCUGAAAUAAACCAAAUGGUUUCAGAUUCGGCAUCAUUUCCACGUCCUGCUCCGUAUAUACACAACAGACAUACACACAGUACGAGGAGGAAACCUGAGCUGAAACUGGAAUCUCGGGAAGGCCUCCCGGAGUAUCCAGAUCUGUAUGACUUCUCUUCCAGUACAGCUUACCGAUCAUACACUCCAGGAACAAGUAGGCGUACACCAGCUUCUGCACAAGGAACAUUUUUGGGUCCAGACUUGUACAGUCACAAUAGGCUAGCAGCAGCAAGUUUCAAAAUGACCUCACUUUGCAACGUAACCUCGAGUAAACCAGAAGAACCAAGGAGAGAAUACUUGCUGCCUCCUGAAGUUCAUCAGCCACGACCUAGUGACCCACCGUACUUUGAUUUCUUGGAGCAACCUCCACACAGAUUGGACUUGGCACUGUUACAAGAGUCUAGUGGAGGAUCUCUGCAUACUAGAAGUAGAGGUUUAAUGGAGACAGAUCUGACUUGUGGCCUAACAGCAAGUCGAGCUUUGCAUGUGCCUUGCAGUUCUGAGAAUCAUGAGGCCAGCUGCAAUAGAAGGUCAGCUGAUGGUGGUAUGCUGGAGCCAGGACUCAGUAUCCAGCCGCACAGAAAUAUUCAGCAUAGAGAAGAUACAUUAAGCCGAGAAAGGAGAUCACCAAGCAGACCUGACCUUCCAUACAAAAAAUCUGCUCUUUAAUGAUGACCAUAAUCUAGUCUGUUUUCUUCAGCGAUGACUCCAUUAUUAACUUUGCUUUCAUAAAGUUUUGUAUAUAUAACAUUUCUACCUUGAUCUGAACUAUUUCUAGAUGGUUUUCUAUGACUUUUGUGAUAUCUUGGAAGACCAUGUCUUGCACCAGUAUUUUCAUUCUUUCUAAUGUUUAAAUAGUCUGCUUAAUCGAGUUUACCAUUUUGAGAAAAAAAAUGCUUGAUCUGUUACCUCCUUUUUACAGGUUUGUUUAAAAAUGUGUAUUUUGCGUAUUGAAUUGAGGCUGUGUGAUAUUUAACGGUGAGCUGUAUGUCUGAAAAGUAUUCUGAUACCAGUUGAUGUAUUUUCUCAUUUUUGAGAAAGUUUAUAGUCUUAUUUAGAAUGGAUGGUAUUCUUUUAAAGUAUAUUCUAGGCAUUGGGAUACACUUAAAGGGAAGAUUAUCUGUAUUCCAUUGGUCCACUGCCUGUAUUGAGAGAGAGCACAGAUCCUAGUCAAUCUGAAUCCGUUGUCUUAAUCUUGGGACAAUCAGAUUGCUGUGACAAUCGGUUUAUAAGAUUAAUGUUUUAAUAUUUGGAGAGAAGCUGAAUCCCAAAGGCAGAAAUCCUAGCAACAUAGAUAAAGUAGCUAGAGUUCCAUCCAAAACUGCUGCCAUAUCUUUUGCCUCGUGUUGAUCAGUGGCAGGAUAUGUGAAACCUCUUUGGCCUUUCUCCUCCUCCUCAUUUGAUUAGGCAGCUGCUUCUGAAAGUUUUGGAUGUUGGUGUCUAAAAUAGUGUACUUUUGAAGUAUUUGAAUCAAUCAACUAAUUGGAGGGAAAAGUUAGAAUCUGAGAUCUAUGUUAUGAUUUUAAAAUUAUUAUAUUUCCCCUUGCUGCAUCCAGGUAGACUUUGCAUAUUGCACACAUUUGGGCUAUAUUACUCCCUUGGUGAGGGACUUUUCUGUUGCCCAGCAUGUGGUCAGCUUCAAGUCUCAAUUCCCAGGUGAGUUACAUCCAACGUUUUUCUGUUUUCACAGGGUUCGAAUCUGUUUGAAGGGGAAAGUGUUAUGCUAACCCUAGAGACAAGAUGAAAGUAUGUAGGGAGUUAAAAUUAUUCAUUUUAGUUGUAAAAAAUCUAUGGAUUCAAAGAAAAAUUGCAUAUGGAAACUUUAAGUAGCUAAUAAGCUGCAACAAGCUCCAUAGAACUAGUGUUUUAGAACUAGUGGGUUGUGGUAUGUUUUAAACUUUUUUAUUUAUAGUAUAAAACUGGACUGACAGUUGUGCAUGUUUAUUUUUCACUUUUAUGUUCUUACUGUUCAGUAUUUGUAUUUUUGUUUGCAUGGAUGAUCAGGAUUAGAAGUAAAAUGAGAGGAGAUAGGUUAGUGUGAAUGAAUGACUAACUGCCAGUUUCCAGUGCAAAGCAUGAGUGAUAGAAAAACUGAUCUCUUCACUGCUACUAUGCAAUCUAAUCAUCUGUCUUCAGUGGUACUGCAAUCAAAAUGAUGUUAGAUUUAAAAUAUAAUCAUGAAGGUUCAUUCCUGAUGAGCAACUUUAAAUGAAUUUCAGCUUUUGCAGAACUCCCUGCUCUGAGCUAUAAAGUCGUGAGAUUCUCUUUUCACUCCAGAGACGAGCAUAAAAUUGAGAAGCUCUGGGUGAGAUAUUAAAUAGAGGCCUUGCUUGAUUUCUCAGGUGGAGAUAAAAGAUCCUAAGGUACUAUUUUGAAGAGCAGCAGGGGAAUUCUCCCUAGCAUCCUGACCAAUAUUUAUUCCCAAUUCAACAUCACAAAAUAAAUUCUUCAGACAACAUUGUGUUGUUCCUUGUGGAGCCUUGCUGAAUGCAAAUUGACUGCUGUAAUUCCUACAUUACAGCAAUGGCUGCACUUCAAAAGUACUUCAUUAGCUUAGGGAUGUCCUGAGGUUAUGAAAGGCACAACAGAAUUUUAUUUUUGUUCCCCACGGUGCAUGGAGAUAUUGCUUUCAGGGAAAGGGGUAAAACCAUCUGGUCUGUCUCAUUACACUAGGCAGGUGUAUUGUUUCCAGAUGUACCUGAACUUGAAAUGAGAUUUUACUGGAUUAAGCAAAUGCUUGAAAAUUUGAGCAAAACUAAACUCUUUACAAGAAAUUGCUGUUUCUGCUCAGCAAUUUUUCAAAUGAUGUUUGUUCAAAAUUGUAAAAUUGUUAUAUGCCUGGAAUCUGUCUCAUCCUUUUUAAAUGUAGGAUAAUGUGUAACUGUCCCAGUAUACAGCACAGUAUCUCAAAGCUGCCUGACUUGCUGCUACUUUUUUAUAUUGUUCUGAUGAGCUGUAUAUCAUCUUUGCUUUCCCCACCACCCAACAAAUGCAUGCUCUUAAAUUGCAGUGAUUUACCAAUUUAACUUUGGUUGAAUGUUAGACCUAUACAAAAUCUUGGAAUCUGUUUAAAGAUGAGGUUCUGGUGUUUGAUAGCAAAAGAUUUCAAAAACUUGCAUUGUUAGUGUUAAUCCUUUCAUAAUUUGUUUUUGAUUCUUCUGAUCGAAGCUGUUACUGGGAUACAGUGAAGUGCCUUCCAUCCUAAAGGCUCAAGUAUCAGUAAUGUUGAUCAAACGUCCUAUGCAAGUGUUUUCUACAAACUGCAUAACCAUCUUUGUAGAUUCUACUAUGCUUCAGUGUAUAUAAUGUUUUUAAAGAGACUAUUUUUAUUUUAGCAUCUUAGUAAGAUUGUUAUUGCUUAAUAAGAUGCAUCUCCCUAUCAAGUACCAUGGUAGUUGUACAGAAUCUGAUCUAUUUUUCUACUAUUCUGGGAGGGGAAGAGAAAGCAUGUAACAAAUUCUACAUUGCCAUAAGUGGUGUUUCAAAUAAAUGGUCUAUAGAA